UUCUCUUGCUCCCCCUACUGGUCAUGUGACUCCAUCGCGGCGGUGACAGGAGCCGGUGACAGGGGGCGGGAGCCGCGGCUGACACACUGGGGGAAAACACCUCGAUCCGGGGCUCGUACUGGAAGGAGGAGCUGACAGCCAUAGCGGGCUCUGAGCAGGCCGAGCACACCGACACGGCAAGCAGCACCAGCCGGCGGGGAGGGUGACCUUCAGUGCCGCACGGCCAGCGGGGCACACAUUUCUGUUGACAUAAGUUUUAAGUACACCUUCAAUCAUGGCGUCUCGCAUUGGGCUGCGCAUGCAGCUGAUGAGAGAACAGGCGCAACAGGAAGAGCAAAGAGAACGGAUACAGAUGCAACAUCAACAACACUUCCUGCAGCAGCAUCAACUUAUACCGCCUACUUCAUCCCCUGCUAUCAGCACUCCAGCAUCCUUCCAGCCACCACCACCUGUCCCCAUGGAAGUUCUUAAGGUUCAGACACACCUUGAGAACCCAACCUCUUACCAUCUGCAGCAAUCUCGGGACAAGAAGGUUCGAGACUUCAUUUCUGAUACUUAUGGGAACAAGUUUGCUUCCCACCUAAGUCCCCAUAGGCUGUCCCCAAAGCCACCGCCUGCUCCUCCUUCUCCUGCUCACCAGGCAGCACGACUCUCGUCCUCAGCUGGCAACAGUGCCCCCAACAGUCCAAUGUCCAGAAUGAACCUAUGCACCAAUACAGAAAGAGAGAUGGACGGUGUCAUCGAUAACAUCAUGAGUCUAGAUGAAAUGUUUGGGUACCCAGAGCCUGCACUCUCAAUGCCAAACACGCUUCCUUUUUCCAGUAGUCACUUGGGGCUGUACAGUGAGAACUCUCUCAGUGACACUGUUGUAGGUGUCACCAGCAAUUCGUGUCCUGCUGACUUGGCUAUCAAGAGAGAAUUGAACGAUGCAGAUGCCAGAGCCUUGAUGAGGGAACGUCAGAAAAAGGACACACAUAACAUGAUUGAAAGGAGGAGACGAUUUAACAUCAAUGAUCGGAUUAAAGAACUAGGGACUUUGAUACCAAAAACAAAUGAUCUCAGUGACACUCGCUGGAACAAAGGCACCAUCCUGAGGGCAUCCGUAGACUACAUCAAACAUAUGCAGAAGGAGCAGCAGAGGAGCCGGGACCUGGAGACGCACUCCAAACAACUGGAACUUACUAACAAGACGUUAUGGCUGCGAAUCCAGGAACUGGAGUUACAAGCCCGGGCACAUGGCAUUUCAGCAUCUUCUCCUCAUGGACUAAGUCCAGCUGAUCCCUUCAAACAAGAACCUGACACAAUGCCAGUUGUCCAGCAGCCUACAGUUACACCACAGGCAUCGUACCAGCCUCAGCUGGACUUCUCCACAGAGCUUGCUUACCAGAGCAGUGCCUGUGCAGAAACUUCCUUCCCUGAUAUAUCCAGGACAGAAUUGGACCUCAUGCUGAUGGAUGAUGCCAUGAUGACAUCUGAUCCCAUGAUGGCUUGUGACCCUCUAAUCUCCACCCUUUCCCCAGACACUUCUAAAGCCAGCAGCCGGAGAAGCAGCUUUAGCAUAGAUGAAGUGGAUGGACUGUGACACCAUAUGUUUGAAGGACCCUCAUGCCUGUUCUCUUGAGGAGACAUGGGCUGUGACCCUGCCUUAUUUAUAAGACAGUUUGGACACUUAUACACCGUUAUCCAUAUACAUGGAUGCAUAUGCACUGGACAAUACACUUGGGUAUACUCAGAAUAUCUUGUAUCUACAGGUAAACAUCUACAGGUAUACAAAAAUGUAUAAUACCCAGAGUUACAUACACAAGAGUGAAAAAGAACAUAUACAGAUCUGUAUUUUGACAAUGACCUACAAUUGCAUAAAAUAGGUCUACAGCCAGCAUUUAAAAAAAGUUGAUCCUCCUUACACACACCUAACUCGGUGUAGGAGUGACACUUGCACACAGGCACAUCAUACAGCUUGCUCACUGCCUCAACUCUUCUGGAACAUAGAUCUCAAGGAAGACUUGCCAAAAAUCUAAAGUGCCUUCUAGAGCAGAACUCAAAGAACUCAAAUAUUUGUGAAUGUUUGUGUAAGUGGGUGCAUGGCCAGGAAUGAAUGUAAUUAGUGGAAGCAUGCAACCUCUUAUAGUGUGUGAAUGUUGUUUACUAUGAAGGUGGAUAUAUCUGUUUUGGUUACAGCAUCUGUAUAGUGAUUUGGAUGCUCCCAUAGCUCGCUAGACCCAACUGGUCUAUCUGCAUAGUAAAGCAAUUUUACUGGUAAAUAGCUGUUUUAUUCUGUUUUGCUGAGUGAAAGGUGUUUGAAGUAAUCUGUUUUUAAAUCUAUUUUUUUUAAUCUAGCCAUAUAUUGCCUAGUCUGAAAAUAUGGUUCAGAUUUUAUUUAGGGGUUGCACUUGUCCUUUGAUAAGUAAUGUCAAAGUCUAAGAAUCAUUGAAAUCAGGCUUGCUC